CCCAGCCGCCGCCUGCGGGGACGUGUGUGUCUCUAGCGCAAUUUCCCCUUUCGCUCGGUUGUCUCGGCGCAGGUCUCCGUUGGCUCGCGCCCCCUCCGCGGGCGCCUCAGCCGCCCCCUCCCUCGGCCAGGCGUCCGGGCUCCCCGGGCACUCCACCCCGCCCCCCGGAGUCGUCUUAUAAGGGGGCGCCGCCGUCUCACCUGGUAUUUGCAUCUCGCCCUCCAACUUGCCAUUGGCGGCGCGACGUGUGGGAGAGCCCUGCGCCUCGCCCGCCCGGACCAGCCUGCCCCGGCGCCGAGGUCACUCCUGCGCUUGGCCCAGCCCAGCAUGCAGCCUUGAACCUGGGUUAGGCCCCUGCCUACUCCAGUUCUCUACAGCCCCUAUUGUACUGUGACUCAAGGAGUAGGUGCUAGGCUCAAGGUAUCUGAACAGCAUCUUUUCAUCAAGGAAACACCGCGGCUCCAGUGGGCCCUGCAGGCCCCGCAGUCAGCUCUCUGACAAGACAGCAUGGCUGUUGCCCUGCAGCCCAGUGACCUGAUCUUUGAGUUUGCAAGCAACGGAAUGGAUGACAUCCACCAGAAGCUGCUCUUCAUAGAAGCUGUUCUUACCUCCUGAACCCACAGCUGCCCUCUGAGACAGCCUCUUCUCCAAUCCACAAAGGAGCUCAAAGCCAAGGAUUCCCUCACUUUCCCUCCUUCCUCCCUCUUAGCAAUAACAUCACCUGUUCUUAUUUCCUUUCUGCUGGCCUGGGAGAAAGAAGUGUCCCUCUUCCUUCCAAGGGCAACACCCACCCCGGGGCUUAAUCUCUUCUCUCCUGCCGCCUUCCAGACCUCACACCAUCCUUCACCUCCUGUCUCUCUUGUGUCUUUUACACCUCCCAGACCUCUCUCCUCAACCUAGAACAUCUUCGUGUCCCCCUAACCCUAAGAGAACCCUCCCUCCCUUCUGCCCACCUCUUUAACAUACCACCUUCUUAGCUCUGUUCUCCCCAGUGUAACCUCCAUCAUCUGGGUUUACUUUCUCACUUCCCUUCUCUCACUGUUUUUAGGAAACACUUUUUGUUGCAAAAUACAGUAUGAAUAUAAAACAGAUAAACUGUAAUUGAAAAGAAUCUGAAAAAAAAUAUAUUUUAAGAAUAACUAUAAAAUUAACACUCAUUAACUCACCACCCAGGUUAAGAAAUUUAAUGUUACCAGUCUCCUAGGGGGCUUCCCUGGUGGUUCAGAUGGUAAAGAAUCCACCUGUAAAGCAGGACCUGGGUUUGAUCCUUGGGUUGGGAAGAUCCCUUGGAGAAUCGAAUGGCAACCUACUCCAGUAUUCUUGCCUGGAGAAUUCCAUGGACAGAGGAACCUGGUGGGCUACAGUCCAUGGAGUUGCAGAGUCGGACAUGACUAAGCGACUAACACUACAACAAUAGUCUCCUCAGAGUCCCUGAUGCCUAAAGCAUAUAAUCAGAACCUACUGUACAUCAGACUCUGUUCUAAGUGCUUUAUGUACAUUGAUCCAUUUAAACAACCCUAUGUGGUCAAUAACAUGAUCACCCCAGUUUUAUAAAGGAGGAAACAGAUGCACAGAAAUGUAUCUUGCCCAAGAUCACACUGCUCAUAAAUGGCAGAGUUUGGGCUCAAACCCAGGCAGUCUGGCAUCAGUAUGGUCCAGUAGAGUUUUCUGAUAUUCUAGAAGUGCUCUUAGCUCCCCUGGUGGCUCAGACGGUAAAGCGUCUGCCUGCAAUGUGAGAGACCUGGGUUCGAUCCCUUGGUCGGGAAGAUCUCCUGGAGAAGGAAAUGGCAACCCACUGCAGUACUCUUGCCUGGAAAAUUCCGUGGAUGGAGGAGUCUGGUAGGCUACCAGUCCAUGGGAUCGUAAAGAGUCGGACACGAUUGAGCAAUUUCACUAGAUUUGUGCUGUCCAGUAUGGGGCCACGUGGCUAUGGAGCACUUGAACUAUGGCUGGUGCAACUGAAGGACUGAAUUUUAAUCUUGAAAAACUUUAUAUUUACAUUUAAAUAGUCACCAGUGGCUAGUGGCUACCAUGUUGGACAGCUCUAAACUCUGGCCUUAAUCACUAUACCCCCCUGCCUGUCUCCCUCCAUCCAUCCUCUCUGAGACGCCAGCACUCCCCUGAAACUGCUCUAGCCAGGUGACUGCCCAGCAGCCAAACCCAAAGGCAGUUUCAUCAAUUUUUAUUCUUCCGGAUCCUUCAGGAACAUUAGCUAGAAGAUCCCUCCGUGUUUCCAGCUGUGAUUGUGGAGCAAGUGCCCUACCCCGAAUUACUGCAUCUGUACUCAGGCCUGGAGCUGGAUGACGUUCACAAUGGCAUCAUAACAGAUGGGACAUUGUGCAUGGCACAGGAUCAGAUCUUGGAGGGCAGUUUUUUACUGGCAGAUGACAAUGAAACCACCUCACAAACCGUGUCAACCACUGAAGUCUUGCUCAAUGUUGAGUCUCCCAACGACAUCCUGGAUGACAAGCAGAUCUUCAGCACCUCUGAAAUGCUUCCAGAGCCAGACCCUGCUCCAGCCAUGACACUGCCCAACUACCUGUUUCCUGUCUCUGAGCCCGACGCCCUGAACAGGGCUGGUGACACUGGUGACCAGGAGGAGAACUGUCUGGAGGAGAAGGUCCCCAGAGAAGACAGCACUAAGAAGACUGGAAAAUCGAAGAAGAGAAUCCGGAAGACCAAGGGCAACCGCAGUACCUCACCUGUCACUGACCUCAGCAUCCCCAUUCGGAAGAAAUCGAAGGAUGGCAAAGGCAGCACCAUCUACCUGUGGGAAUUCCUCCUCGCACUUCUGCAAGACCGGAACACCUGCCCCAAAUACAUCAAGUGGACCCAGCGAGAGAAAGGCAUCUUCAAGCUGGUGGAUUCUAAAGCAGUGUCCAAGCUCUGGGGGAAGCAGAAGAACAAGCCUGACAUGAACUAUGAGACGAUGGGCCGGGCACUCAGAUAUUACUACCAACGAGGCAUCCUGGCCAAAGUGGAAGGGCAGAGGCUGGUGUACCAGUUUAAGGAGAUGCCCAAGGACCUGGUGGUGAUUGAAGAUGAGGAUGAGAGAAGCGAGGUCACAGCCACAUCCCCUCAGGCCUCUGCUCCCUCCACCUCUGGCGGCAGCUCCCGGAGAGCCAGCUCCCGGGUCUCGUCCAGAGCUGCCCCGCAGGGCAAGGGCGACACUUCCUGGGAAAAGUCGAAGGUGCAGCAUGUUGGUCUCCAGCCAUCUGCUAGUCUGGAAUUGGGACUGUCUGUAGACGAAGAGAUCCCCACUACCUCCGCCAUGCUUGUCUCUCCACCAGAAAGCCAGGCCAAAGUCACCAAAGCUGUGAGUACUUCUUCAGUGCCCAGCAACAUCCACCUAGGAGUGGCCCCUGUCAGGUCGGGCUCGGCCUUGACCCUGCAGACCAUCCCGCUGACCACAGUGCUGACCAACGGGCCUCCUGCCAGUACUACUGCUUCAACCCAGCUCGUUCUCCAGAGUGUUCCACCUGCUUCCACCUUCAAGGACACCUUCACUCUGCAGGCCUCCUUCCCCCUGAACACCAGUUUCCAAGAGAACCAGGUGGCAGCACCGGGGGCUCCGCUGAUCCUCAGUGGCCUCCCCCAGCUUCUGGCUGGGGCCAACCGUCCGACCAAUCCGGCAGCACCCUCAGUCAUGGGAGCUGGCCCAGCAGGGCCCAGCUCUCAGGCCCCUGGGACUGUCAUUGCAGCCUUCAUCAGAACUUCCGGUGCCACUGCAGCCCCUGGGGUCAAGGAGGGGCCACUGAGGCCCUCGUCCUAUGUGCAGGGCAUGAUGACUGGGGCCCCCAUGGAGGGCCUGCUGGUUCCUGAAGAGACCCUGAGGGAACUCCUGAGGGAGCAGGCUCACCUUCAGCCACUUCCAAGCCAGGUAGUUUCAAGGGCUUCCCACAAUCCGAGCCUUCUGGGAAACCAGACUUUCUCUCCUCCCAGCCGCCCCACUGUUGGGCUAACCCCAGUGGCUGAACUUGAGCUCUCCUCGAGCUCAGGGUCCCUGUUUACGGCUGAGCCUAAUAAUGUAAGCACACCCGGGAGCCUGCUGACUAGAUCCCCAACUCCAGCCUCCAUCUCCCCAUUCAACCCCACUUCCCUCAUUAAGAUGGAGCCUCAUGACAUGUAAAUGGAGGGGGUCAGGGGGAAACGUGACCGCCAGGCAAAGUUGAGCAGCAUUUGUACACAGACUUUCUCUAAGAGAGACUGACUGAAGUAGCACACCAGCCCUUACAUGUCAGCAGGGUGUCAAUACACCAGACCCCCAUGCCCCACCCCUGCCUGUUGUCAUCAUAGCCAAGACAGGCCCAGUUGGAGCAUCCCUGGUGUCAAACCAUGGCUUUCAAGAGUACUAGGGGAUAUGCUUUUGUCGGAGUAAUGGGCUGACUUGCUGAUGGAGGCCAACCUGAGACGUUUGUAACCAGGGCUGGGGUAGGGGCUUCAUGAGAAGAGUCUUUUCACCUGGCUGUAUUCCAUCGUCUUCGUUCCCUCUGCAGAGUAUUUACUAUCCCGUAUGUGAAUAUCUCUGUAUGUAUUUGUGUGUACCUGUGCGUCUGUAUCUCUUGUUUCUUUGGUGAGGACGGGGGUAUAGCUGUGAGGUCUUCAAGGGUGUGUGUUUCUGUGGAGGUCAGCCACAGAGAUGGGGAAUUUUCUGUUUUGAGGGAAAGCAUUCUCUAGUUCGCUUUGUAGAAGCCAAGAUUUGGUUGUUCUGAAACUAUGGGGUACAGGUUGGAACCCCCAAAUCCGGAGAGAUGUCACAGAGCUGGGGCAGGUCUGGGGAGGAGAGCUUUGAUGGGUGUGUUCGUUGGGGAAGAUGGAGUUGUAGGGGACAAGGAGAAAACCAUGUGGGAUAAAACCCUGAAGAGAGGGAAGGAAUUCAGCCCUCUGGAGCAGCCCUGCAGGUUAGACCGAGGUCGUCUUGGGCUCAGCCUCAUUGCCCACCAAUCAUUUGCCAGCAGGCCAGAUCCUUAAUCUCCCCAGAGUGCUUUGCGCCCCUCCAGGGUCAGACCCAGCCACAAGGUCCUCAGGGGAAGGGGAUUAAAUUAAUGGAUGUUUGCACCCAGGGCUUGGGCUGUAAUUCCAGCCUUCACAGCCACCCUGGUCUGCAUCCCAAAUCCUGGCUUCCCUCUUGACUAAUUUCGCCCCUGCCAUUUCACUGCUGGCAGGCAGUGCAGGGGACGUCGGGUAACCACAUGCUCGGGGUCUGCUUCCAUCCCUGCUCCUGCCUCCUUGCUGCUCAGCCUGCUUUCUACUCCCCUCACAGGUCUGCCCACCCACCCAUUCCCUCAAUGGCUGCAGUAGACCUCCUCCAGUGGGCCAAGGUCCUUGAUGGCCAGCCUUCUUACUUCACUCUGACUCCUCCUCCACGAAGAUGGAGCCCGAACCUGUGAGCUCCUGUCCUUUAUGUCCCUCUGCAUGCCUUCCUUCCACCUUUCCUCUUUCUGAGAAGGGGGUCAGCCAGUUAUCUCUUAAAGUCCACCCCUCAGCUGGGGCCCUUGAUCCCCUCCCUUCUCUCUCCUAUGAAUUUGCCUUUAUCUCUCCUGCCAGGUUUGGGAGCAAGGCUGAGAGCUCUACUAUGUCAGCCUCGGAAACAGUGAUAGGAUCUGGUGAAUGUGGUUACUGUGAAUUGGUGCCUCAGGACCUUUGCUGUGUCCUUGACACAAAACCAGCCACUUGACCUCACUACCUCCCCUGGUUUCCCCUUCUCUCUCUCUCCCCUUCUGGUCACUGCCAAGCCCAUUAUCAUGCUCUGUCACCUCUUGUUCUCCCCCUUCUCCACCCUGGGAGGGAACCAUGUAUGGUUGUGCAGGUGUAUUUCUUACAUGUCUCAAGCACUUGGCAUUAAUGUCCCUUUUUCUAAUAAAAUCAGCUUAUGAUGACAGUUUCCUGGUGGUGGAGAGCAAAACAUCUUGAGAAAGGGUCACCUUUGAAAACAACUUUACACAAAGAUGCCACGUGGGUUAGGAGUGGCCCUGCCCCCCUCACCGGAACCCCAUAGAACUCUUCAUCUGAAGUCACUGAUACCCUGGAGGUGAUGUCAAAUUUCUUCUUCAUAGUUCUUGGCCCCUUGUGAACCCUCACAGCACAUGACACUACUUCCCCUUCCUCCAUCACCUUCUCUGUGCCCUUGCUAACUCCACAUCUGCAUUCACUGUGGGCACCCCCAUGAGCCUCAGCCAUCCUCCUGGUUCCAGUGAGGCUCUUCAGGUUGGGUAUGGAAUCUAGAGGCCCAGCCCCUACUCUUCUCAGCUUCUUGCUCACAUUUCUGCUGGAUAGUUCUACCUAGAUGCUUGUCAGGCCCUCAAAGAUUGUCCCUCUAUCAAAAAUGGAUUUUGGGAAGUCUUCCAACACACAAAACCAUUCCAGACAAAAAAGCCAUCAUGACUUGCCUAUUUCUGUUAUUGUGCUGACCUUCUAAGCUUGACAUUUCAGAGCCAUCUGCUGGCCACAUUCACUUGACCCUGCCCCGUCCUCAUUGCCUCAAGUCUGGUGUGGUUUGCCACGUCUCUCCAAUCCGGCCAUUCUUCCACACUUGCAGAGAGCCUCCAGCCUUGUUCAGCCUCCCCCAGAGCAUAUCCCCUUCCCUGGACAUAUAAGCAGCCCCCCAGUGUGAUCUGAGUCACCCCUUCCAACUUGCCAGGGCACCAGCUCUAUUCUUCCUCUGCCAAAAAGUCUCCUGGGGCUCCUCACUGCCUACAAGUGGGGGUGAUACUCAAAAUCCUUAACCUCCAAUCUGUUCUUAGUGGCUGGGCAUUAACCCUUUAUUGUCUGACUCACAAGGCAGUCCGGGGUCCUGGAGGAGGGAUGGGGGAGCACUUGAUGGCUCAGGGCAGUUUUUCCAGGAGUAUUUUGCACUUCACCAUCACGUCCUAGCAUACUUCCCCAUUCACCCAGUCAAACGGAUGGAUUCACUGACCUUUGCACGUGCUUCUGUUGGAGUUGCCUACCUCUGUACUUUUACUUUUCUUGCUUCUGCUCAACCACAAUGCUCUUCCCACCCCGCUAGUACUCAUCAAAUUGUACCCAUCCUUCAAGGCUCAGUUCAUGGACACUGCCUCCCCAGACCAGCCUACCCUUAAGUGAGUUCAUUUGAAAUGUGUUGCAAGUGCCAUUCUUUUGGUAAUUGUGAGCAGCCUGUGACAUCGCCUCUAUAAUAAUCACAAACUGUUACUUAAAUCUUCAAUGACCUGGACUUAUGUAGUCUCCCCAGUUAGUGUGUUACCUUCUAAGGGGAGUGGGACUGUCACCCAUAGCAGGGCACACUAUGAAGCAUCUAGUGAGCGUCAACGGACAGUUACUGAUUGAGCUGGUGAGAGAGGGGGACCAAAGUGAGGUAGGUGACCUCUGACCUCCCCUCUGCACAGACACUCACCCCAGGUGCUCCGCUGCCCAGGGCCAGCCCUCCCUGGCUCAGUGCCCUCAUGGUACCCCCACCCCACCCCUGGCCUUAGCACCCAAGAGUUGUUACUACUUUGAACAUCCCCUGCCUCUCAAGAAACUUCCCUGUCCAGUUUCUUUCCUACUCAAAGUGUUAAAUUAGCUAAGCUGAUAAACUAACCUGUGCUGAUGUAGUUAUGGGAGAGGGCUAGAGGAGAGCCUCAGGAGCUAGGUUCAUUUCAACCAGGGUCAUGUGGCAACAGCACCCCUGCCUUUGUAAUAGUUUGAUGGAGUCAAGAGACUGGCUCCUCACCCCCAACAGCUGAUGCAUUACUCCCUCCUCUGAGCUCCCACAGCACUUUGUAUAUACCUCUUAUUGUAGCACUUAGCACAUGGUAGCGCCUUAGCUAUGUGUUUAUGUAUGUUUCCCCUCCAAUAGACUGUGAGCUCCUCAAGGACAGGGACUGUGUGUUAGUCACUGAUGUAUCCCCAGCGCCUAGCACAGUGCCUGGCACACAGUAGGUGCUCAAUAAAUGUUUAUUAAAAGAA